AUGUCAGAUCCAAACAAAGCUGCAAUUACAGCAGAAAAGGAGGCUCUGAACUUGAAGUUACCUCCUAUUGUGCACCCCCCUGAAGACAUAGGUGUUGACACACCAGCACAAAGUAAAUUGUUGAAUUACAGAAGAUCUAAGCAGCAGCAGAAGAUGAUUAAUCAGUUAGUAGCUGAUGGAGCCAAAAGAAGUUUAGACAGAACGCUGGAUAAAAGGACACCUCCAAUCCCAGAGCCAGAUUAUCCUCCAACUAUGACCAGUGAAAUUAAAAAGAAAGGAUUCAACUACAUUUAUAUGAAGCAAUGUGUAGAAAGCAGUCCUAUAGUACCUAUUCAGCAGGAAUGGCUGGAUCACAUGUUAAUGCUGAUACCUGAGUCUUUAAAAGAAGGGAAAGAAAGAGAAGAACUAAUGAAAAGUCUCAUAAAUGAGGUGUCAAGUGACUUUGAAAAAAGCAUGAAGAGGUAUCUGGUGAGGAGUGUUCUCGUGAAACCUCCAGUUAAAUGGCUUGAAGAUGAAGGAGGCCCUUUACCUACAUCCCCUGAAGGACUGGAUUAUUCUAAUCCUUGGCAUUCUAGCUAUGUGCAGACCAGAAAUCAAAUAUCAGCUAAUUUGCAUAUUGUUCAUCCAACUAUGAAAAUAUUGCUGGAUCUUGGUUAUACGACGUUUUCCAAUUCCGUUUUGCUAGAUUUAACAGGGAUUAGAGCUAAAGGGCCAAUUGAUUGUGAAUCACUGAGAAAUGAUCUAUCAAUACAAGCUAAAAAGGCAGAAGAGAAGAUAAUGAACACAUGGUAUCCAAAGGUUAUAAAUCUUUUUACCAAGAAGGAAACUCUAGAAGCUAUCAAACCUGAAAAAUUGGAUGCAUUUUAUAACUGUGUUUCCACACUUAUGUCAAAUCAGAUGUGA